AUGCACUGCAUAAGAAGCCCCAUCGCGUUUCUACUUGUUGUAUCAGUAGGGCUUGUCAGCGCUCAAGAUGCGACACCCAGCCAGAGUCUAGCCCCCAGUGCCAGUAGUGGCGGACUAUGCGCAUCGCAAGAGGUCGUUGAUACAUGUGUCACCGUUAUGCAAGGUUCACUCUCUAAAUGCACGGAUAACGAUUGGGAUUGCAAGUGCUCUGGAAGUGCCAACAUCGCCAAUUGUUAUGAGGAUUGUCCCGAUGACCCAGCGCGAUUUUCGGCGAUAUUUAUGAGCGAACAAGACUGCGCCACGGCGAAUGCAUACGACAAGGGUAUAUCAUCGGUUGCGACGACUUGGACGACGCCGGGCCCCAACACUGUGACGGCUACUCCCACGGAUGUCGAAGUGAGCACCACCACCAAUACUGCGGGCCCAACAAAGUUGACUGCAUUGGAGGAUGCUAGUCCAUCAAAAGGAGCGGCAGCUAUGAAAUCUGCUGGCAGUUUAUUGGCAUUGUUGGGGUUGGGAGUUGGCGUCAUGAUUUGA